UAGGCAUCAUGGAUCAGGUAAUGCAGUUCGUGGAGCCGAGUCGGCAGUUCGUGAAGGACUCAAUCCGGCUGGUGAAAAGGUGCACUAAACCUGACCGAAAAGAAUUCCAGAAGAUUGCCAUGGCAACAGCAAUAGGAUUUGCUAUAAUGGGAUUCAUUGGCUUUUUUGUGAAAUUGAUCCAUAUCCCUAUUAAUAACAUCAUUGUUGGCGGCUGAACACCUUUUUAGGAGACUUUUUCCAUCUUGGGAAUUGGUGAAUAAGUGAGGAUUUGAGAAGCUCAUGGAGUAAAAAUUUGCCUAUAUGUUUUGUGUUUUUCUUUCAUUUUUGUCUUCCAGGGUGUUUUGUAUUUGUAAAUUAAAACAGUUUCAAAAUAAACAAACGUAACUUUUUCCAUCAUA